AUGCCAGCAGUUUUCAUCUUGCUGCGGUCCCUGGUUAUCAGGCUCCUCAGUAGCAGACUGGCAAGCUCAGUGGCACAGUUCCUCAGAAGAAGCCUCUCUACAGGCGCUGCCCACCUUGGCACAGCGCUGCGCCACGUCUGGGACCGUGUUCGAUCCCAGGAGUCCAAGGAAGCCAUCCUGGGCUGUGUGAUGUGCAUUCUCAAUAUGCACAAGAAGGUGGAGAACUGAGCUCUCCCGACACGUUCAGUUAAACUCUUCACUCGCCUGUUGAACAGA